AUGGCUCUCCUGAGAAAAAUUAACCGGGUCCUCCUGGUACUGCUGGUGUUGAUGGUGUGUCUCCUCCUGCACAGUGCACUGCUCAGAGCCUCCACUCGACCCAAAGUCUCAGAUCGCUGGAAGAGCCUCGGAGGCGCAGCACUAGUUCCUGCUGUGAGAGAGUCAGAGGCGGACAAUGUCGUCCCCGUCAUCAUCUGUGCAUCAGAGGAGCGUGUGGGUGCAACCAUGGCGACCAUCAACAGUGUCCAUAGCAACACUGAUGCCAGUGUGUUCUUCUAUAUUGUUACUCUUCGUGAUGCUGUGAAACUGACGAGGCAGUACAUAGAGAAGACUAAACUGAAAGGCAUCAAGUAUAAGAUAUUGGAAUUUAACCCCAUGGUUUUACGAGGAAAGGUGAAGCCAGAUUCCUCUCGUCCUGAUCUGUUACAUCCACUCAACUUUGUGCGCUUCUACUUGCCUCUGCUUGACAUCAGCCAUAAGAGGGUAAUAUACUUGGACGAUGAUGUCAUUGUUCAGGGUGACAUCAAGGAUCUGUUUAAUAUCAAACUGAAGCCAGGUCAUGCUGCUGCUUUUGCCACUGACUGCGACCUGCCCUCCACUCAUGAGAUGGUGCGCAGCAUCGGCAUGCAGACAACCUAUAUGGGCUUCCUGGACUAUAGGAAACAGGAAGUUAAAGAUCUGGGCAUCCAUCCCAGAGACUGCUCUUUCAACCCUGGAGUGUUUGUGGCAGAUGUCAGCGAAUGGAAGAAACAGAAGAUCACCAAACAGCUGGAGAAAUGGAUGGAGGAGAAUUUCAGGCAGAACAUCUACAGCAGUGCCAUGGCAGGAGGUGUGGCAACUCCACCCAUGCUAAUAGUGUUUCAUGACAAAUAUACAACACUGGACCCACUGUGGCACGUCAGACACCUGGGCUGGAGUCCGGAUGCCCGCUACUCAGAGAGCUACCUACAGGAGGCACGCCUUCUGCACUGGAACGGCCCAUUUAAACCAUGGAAUUACCCUGCUGUUCACUUGGAUCUGUGGGAGAGGUGGUUCAUCCCAGACCCCUCCGGAAGAUUCCUCUUGGUACGACCUGAGAGCGACAGAUGAGGUCUGUGGAACGUACCAUGUCUGAGCCACAGGGGGACCUGAAUGAAGAAUAUGAAGUUCAGGACUUACUUGAACAAAGGUGGAAAUGUACAGUGAAUUUAAAACUGAGGAAUGUUCUUGAAAAUAAAAUGUUGUUGGUCGAGCCAACUAUGUAUGCUAAAUACACAAACUGUGACUCAACUGUUGUCUACAAGUGAGAGAUAACUGUAAAGAUAGGAGAAUAUUACUUGCAGGAAUAUGUUUAAAGUGGAAGUGAAAAACAGACCAAGAACAGUGACGAUAUUUGUGUCUUUGUAAAUUGUUUUAAGCAAGAUUAAAUGUGUUUCUUUGCUAAACUGCAAUACAUUUUCAGAUAAGAUAAUUUCUUAUCUUAACUGGUACUUUCAUGCUUCAAAUAUGGCAUUGAAAUCUUAAGUCAAACAGAAUACAUAA